AUUUUAUAAGUUAGUUUGAUGAUAACACAAUGAGGAUCUCCUUUUUAGUUUUCCUGUUUGAAAUCUUUUUCAACAAGAACUAAGAAAUCUUAUGGCAAGAACAAAAAGGCAGGUUUUGCUGAAUGCAGCUAAGAAACAGCGACGUCAUGGCUUGUUGCGAGAAGCUGCUGGUAUCAUUGACACGCCACAACAAUGGGAAACAUUGAACCAGGGACGUCAAACCAGUGGAUACGAUAAAAAUGAACUUCACAAUACGAGUCCAGUGCUGAGGAAGGCUGAAGGUGUCAAGAGAGAUCUGGAGAAAUCAUUUGGCAGUGAACAGAAGCAGAAUGUCUGGGUUAACGAGAGUCCAAAAGAUGCCACUCGAAAUGAAAGAAUUGAAACCAUUACCUCAUCUUCGUGUUAUCCAGAAAAGAAACUUUCCAAGCGUAGACAGUUGGAUACAUCAUAUUCCCCAUCACUUGGCAGCAUCCGACAGCUCAAGUUGACAGCCAGGAAGUCCACACAUUGUGAGAAGAAAGCUGAAGCAGAGCAGAUCAUAGCUGCUUUGAUGAACUCUCCCCACAAAACGCCAAACUAUUCACCUCAAGAUGUAUGUCCUUGGACUUUCACAAACUCUAAGGAUGUUGGUGAUCUCAGUCCAAUCUUGCCCAUUUCCAGCAGCACUCCAGCCAAGAACACAGCCAGGAAGUCUAUGUCUGGAUCUGUUGGACCAGUCUUCACCACCAAGCAACGAGCCAGAAAGUCCAUUUCUGAUUAUUCCUCAAGCUUUUUUCAUCAAGUGCUGGCUGAGUCAAGUGAUAUUGAUGAGUCUGAAUCUGUUUACCUGAAAGUCUUUCCUAGUGUACAUGAAGCUGUCCUGACAUUGCCUAAGUGUGAAAAACUUCCAGUGGCUCUUGUAUGCAUAAAUGAUGUCUUAAGAUCUCCAAACAGUCCAUCAGGGUCAAGUGUGGUGGAACAACCAAGUUCGCCUAGAAAAUCGUCCCCACGAAGGUCAACAUCUGCACAGGAUGACAGCUGUUCAAUACAAUUGUUGAAACCAGCAGUAAAAAUUAAAACAAAGCAUAUCCAAAAGAAUAUUUUUGAUCAGUUUGAAAGUGAAAUAAAGCGGAGUCCUAAAUGUUCAAAGUCAAGAGCUUCUGUUUGUGGAUCAAAACUUGGCAGCAGUGAUGAACAUUCCCCUAUUAGUAAAACUGUAUGUCUUUCAAAGAAAUCUGCAGGGAAGACUGAUGUACCAGGUACUCAAACACGGUCACCCAGUCCAAGAAAGGAUGUUAUUGAGUGUUCAAAUAGCCCAAAAGGCGAUCAUUGUCUCCUUGGUGAAACAGGGAAAACACAAAUUUCAAGCAGCUCUACUAUUCACUGCUUUUCAGAGGGAAAGGACAGAAAAGGUGAUAUUAGGCUUGCUUUUGAAAAGAUGAUCAGAAAGCAUUCGAGUAGUCCAAGAUGUGAUAACAGCUCCAAUGUAGAUGAAAAGAGUCCAAGGAGGAGAUCACCAAGGAGAACAGGGAUUGAAAGAGAUGGAGCUGCAGUAUCAUUGCAGCAAGGCAGUGAAAGUGAGUUCUUACAGGCAGAAAACAAAAACAGCAAAUCUCCUACGUCUCCUCCUGUGCCUGUAAAGCAGAUUCAGUCACCAAGUGAUAAGCUCUCACCAGAUACCUCAAGGCACAAAGAUGAAGCAAAUGAACAAAUGUGCAAAAACAGUGAUUGCAAGCCAGAUGGUUGUAGCAUGCGCACUGGUAGGAGCAAGAAAAAACUGUCACCAUUUAGUAACAAAAAUAUUACAACAGAAGAUUCGUUGAGGACUCCUAAGGAACUUAAAUGUCCUGAGCAGUCUAGUACUGAAAAUGUUGAUGAAGAUAAUAAGAAAUACAGUGGUUGCAAAAACAAAUCUGACAAAGAUUCAGAAAAAUUAAAAAGUAGUGCUAAUAACAGUUGUGACAAUGUGAUGAAGUGUGGUAAAUUAUUGGACCUCAUAUCUAGGGUUGGUAGCCGUCUGCAAGACUCUGGUUCAGCUGACUUUCUAAACGAGCUCCCUGACUCUCAAGAUGACUCCUCAUCCAUAUCGUUGAACACUAGUGAUCUUGUUGAAGAGGAAUCCUUGGACACAUCAAUGGAAAUCCAAUCCUCGGUGACAUCAGAUGAUCAAACAGUUGAUAGUUCAAUGUCUGAUAGUCGGGUCAUUAGUAAGAAUUCUUCAACUAGUGAACAGUGUGUUAGGAAAAGUCCAAGGAGAAAGGUCUUUCCAGAUGAAUGCAACAAAGCUAAAUGUGAUAGAUUAGAAACAGAUUCUUCAAAAACUGAAGAUCGCAUGUUGCAAAUAUCUGAUUACUCUCCAAAAUAUGUUCUUGACUCUAAGAAAUUAAGUAAAUGUGAUCUGUCUGGGUUACUUCAAGAGAAUUGUGAUAAAGGAACAAAAGAUGGGCUGAAACCCAGUAAAGUUAAGCUGGAAAAUGAUACUGAUGUAGCUUUCAGAUGUCAUUCAGAAUUAAGUCCUAAAGUGAAAAAUUCUCAACUGCAUGCAGUAAGUGAUUCAUCCUUUGAAGGUGCUUUUCUGGCAUUUACAAAAAUAGAAAAAGAGAAGUUUUCACCUAAAAUCAAUCUAAGAAAUUUAGAAAAAACUAAAACUGAGUCAUGUCACAAAGAAUCGGUGGCAGCGAAUUCAGAGUCCAAAUCACAAAAGUGGGCUGGAUCUGCUAAAACAGUUGAACCAUCACCCCUUGAUGUACUGUGCAAACCAGAAAAAAGCAAUGCUGACAAAAGGUCUGCAUUUGUAAGUGAUGAUCUUGAAAACUUUUUAUGUAAGGUCAAGAGUGAUUCACUAAAUGUGGAUCAGACUGGUUUGAAAACAGGACUUGCAGGCAUUUCUGAUAAUACAGAUAUUGAAGACAAAAAUCUGGCAGCCUUUGAACCUGAUUUUGAUGAAAUCGAAGGUGUUCUUUUUCUAUCAUUUGCCAAUGAAGAUGCUUUGAAAGCUCACAUAGCUGUGGAAAAGAAAAACCAUUGGGACAAAGAUUGCAAUUAUUUUUGGGGAAUUUCAAGGUAUAAAGCAUUUGAGAAGCAACGAAGUGAAAAUAAAUCUUGUGAAAAAAACCCUGUGCUUCGAAACUUGCGUGGAAAGCACAUGAAAUGGAAAAAAUACAGGAGAUUGUUACAAAGAGAAUUAAAUAUUUUAAAAAGAAACCAGCUUCAAACUUCUAUGAAAAAUUAUGCUAAAGUGCCAAGCAAGACUUCCGACAUAACAAAGAUUAAAGGAUGGAAGAAGAAGUAUGGUGGUAGGAAUCAUUUUAAGAGCAACAUGGGGUUGAACGUGUAUGCUUCAGGUAAGAUUCACUGGAGGACAGAAGCUCGGCUGUUGCGCAAUAUGAAAGCUGAUGACAUCAAAGCUUUGGGCAUAGAAAUCAAGAAGAAGCGGCGCAAGAAUGUUAUUUUUACAAACCGGAAACGCACAACAAAAGAGUUUGAAAACAGGUCAGAUGAUCUGCAGGAGGCUAAUGAUGAUGACAUGGUUCUUUGUGAGGUAGAGGAUACAGUCUUAUCAUCUGGACACUCUUCCAGAGGAAGUGACUGUGAAUACAUAUAUGAAUCCGAUCACGCUUUGGAAGAUGCCUCAGAGUUUAAAAGACUCGGUGUUGUUAAAUCAACAUGCAUUAGAAAGGAUUUUGUCAACCAGUUCCAUUGGGAUGAGAAAGAUGAACAAAUUCAGAAAAAGCUGGGAGGUCGUGUGAGAAAUAGACAAAAGAAAAAUGAUCCUCAGGACAUGAGAGGAAUGUUGGCAGAGUGUGGUGAGACUGCUUUCCCACUUUUAUCUGAUGUUGCUGAUGUUCCAAGGAAAAAGAAAAGACAAAAGUUUAUUCCAUUUGUAGUUCUGAGUAAGGCAAUGGUCAAAGAAGCUGUGAAAGCAUUGUUUGGAGAAGCAGUACAACCAAGUCGGAGCACACAGCCUAAAGAAUUGAAAACAUCAUUUGUAAAGAGUGACACUACAUCUGGUUCAGACCAUGAGACUGUAGCUGGAAAUACGUCCAUGGAAACGGUGGAAGCUGUAGAAUCAUCUGAUUCCAAAAGUCAAGAUCAUUCCAAAGAUGAAUGUGAUAAGCCAGGUUGUCGCUAUGGCUGCAUCUGCCACCUGUGUAACUCCGCUGAGGAGCCGGACGAGACCGAGGUUGAGCCGCGGUCGACGGGCUCCUUGAGGGCGUGUGACAAGGAGUACUGUCGUCUGGGCUGCAUCUGUGACAGUCUGGAUAACCACAGCACGGAUCACUCAAAGAGUCACUGCAGCAAGUCAGAGUGUCAGACCGUUUGUGUGUGUAAACAGAGGGGAAAUUUUAUGUCACCACACUUAGCAGAUGAACCUACUGUAAUAUAUGACGAAGCUGAUGAAAACAACUUUGAAGAUUUACCACCAAGCCUGGACAAACUAGAGUCUAUUGACCAGAAAACUUCAGACGAGACAGCUGACAAAAAUAAGCAGUCCAAAAAGAAAAAGUGUGACCUUGACCCUGAGUAUGUACCUGAUGAAGAGUCCCCUGAGAAACCGGUGCCAGUGACUGAGGAGCACAAGAAGAAAACCCGUCUACCGAGAGGAGAUCGCUUUGUAAACCUGCCACGGCGGGAGUCUAUGCACCGUACAUCAAAGAACCUCGACGCUGUGACCAGGAAGGCCAUGAUGUUGUAUGAAAUGAGUGAAAUAUACUGGGAGGCUGGAGAAAGAAAACGAAGGGCUCGAGAAGAUGGUGUGUCCGAGACACACGAAUCAAAGACUUCUCAGAAAUCUGGGUCAUCAUUAGUACCUCGUACUGCAGAUGUCAGCCAAUCAUCUACAAAAAAUGCAAAUUCUACUGAAGAGGAACAUUUGCCUGACUCAACUACCACACCAUCAUCUAGUUCCAAGAGCAAAACUAAAUCAUCUCCGAACCAAAACAAAAUGUCCAAAAUAUCAAGACGAAAGAGUCGAAACGACAGUACAAAUGAGUUGCCAGAUGCUAAAUCUUCAAGCAAGCCUGCAGAAACUGGUCCUUCAAAAGAUAGUGUUUCGGAAACAGAACAGAUGCUGUCAAGUACCGUUCACGUUCAGUCUGAUCAGCACUGUCUUGAUUCAAACACUGCAACAUCAACAAAUCCAAAGAACAAAACUAAAUCAAGCCCAAACCAAGUCAAGCAAUCUAGACAUAAGACUCGGGAAGGCAGUACAAAGGAGUCCUUGAAUGUUAACUCUGUAACUGAUACUUCAAAAGAUGACACAACGAAAGUGGAUGAAUUACCAUCAAGUACCACAAAUUCUACUGAAGAUUGUCCUGUGCCCACAGUAUCUACUAGUGUCAACAUAAAAACUGAGUCAUCUCAGCCAAGCAAAGAUUCUGAGAUUAGCAUUUUAUCUGUGGAACCAAUACUAAUCAGUGGUGAUGAUAGUGAAGCUGAGGAUGAGACAGUUUCGAAAUUAAAUUCCCGCAGAAGCAGUGAAUCUGUGGAUGACAAAGCAGAUCUUCUGUCACAACUCUGGAAUGAAACUAAUGUAAUAGAAAAGAUUAAGAAGCUUACAGAAGAUCUGAAACAGAAGAAGAAUGAGUUGAAAACGAAAAAUAUACAGCAACACCCAUUGCUGCAGACUCCGAUAAAUUCUAAUGCACCUGUUAAAUCAUCUUUGCGAGACCCUGUGUUUGAAAGGAGAGUUUAUCAGUGGCACACACAAAUGGUUUGUUUGAAAGCUAAUCCUAAGCCAAAAUCAGAAGAAGAACAUGGUGAUGACAGUCAAGAAGAUGAAAUAAAGCUGCUUGAGUUUAUAGCAAAUUGCAACUGGGACAAUGCCAAAUCUCAGAUACUAAGUAGAGUGGCCCAGUGUUUGAACAGAGGCGUAUAUCCAAACCCCAAGAAGAUGAUAGUCAGUGACUACUGUGUGGAGAUUCUGCCAAAAGCCGAUAAACCAGCAUGCAUACCACCUGAACUACGAGAGAAACUGCCAGACACAAUGUUCUCUAUUCGUGUGAAAGUUACCAAAAAAUCUGAUCCUGUGGAGUUCUCACAAAUGAAAGGUCUGGCAGGAAAGUCAACAUCACUUGUACAGCAGCAGUUGCAGAAAUCAAAAUGUAUGAUGGCAAAAAUAUCUUGUGAUUCAGCCUCCAACAGAGUAUUUAAUAAGAUGAAUUACAGGCACAAAGAGUUUGAAGUUGCAGUAAAACAUCCUUCUUCCAUGCCAACAGUUUCUGUUAAACCUUCAUGUACUGUCGUGCAAUCCACAGAAAAACAGAUCACUAAGCCAGAAGACGUUUCAAAACCAAAGGAUGGUUUAAGCAUGGCACACAAACAGUCUGAGAAUAAUGUAGGUAUUUCUGGACUAAGACAGCUCAAUAUUUCUCAGUCUGAUCUUUCAAAUGUCAGUUCUACUGUGUCUCAUGGGAAGCUGGUCAAGCUUGGUAGUCAGAAAUGUUCUUCAACAAAGAAAAAGAAGAAAAAGCUACCGUUUGAAUCAGAUGAUCUUGGUCAGAUUGUCAUUGAAAAUGCUGAGACGGGGGCAAUGAAGCCACUGUUUGGAUACAAUGAUGACUGCACUGUUCAAAAAGACAGAAGAACUAAAUCAUCUAACAAAAGGAAACGAAAACAAGACAUUGCUUGUGUGAAGACUUUUGAAUCAGCUGAAGAUAAUAAAGCAGAUGACGAUGAAUGUUGCAUCCUGACUGAAUGUGAUGAUUCACAGUCCUCUAAAAAUACUCCAGGCUGCAAUGACAAUGCUAAUCACAUCCAGUCAACUUCAUUAAAAUCUGAUGUAGGGAAGAACUUUGUCACCUACUCAAUAGAGAAUGGUUCGCUUGUUGAAAAUAAAUCUUUAUCUGUGUGUCCUGGAAGAAGUCGUCCCACAACACCUGUUGGGGAGAUGACUGUGCCCCAGACUAUAAAAGUUACUGUAAAUCCAGCAGGUUCAGUUUGCAAAACUGCUAAACAAACUCAUGGUGUCCAUCCAGGGAAACAGCCUCUUCUGUUACCAGCACCCCUGAAGGGAAGGCAGUUACUCGGUCCAUUUUCUAAUCUUUCUGAUCUAAAAUUUAUAACUCUUCCUGGAGGCAGGGAUCCAUCAAAGACAUUUCUGCAGCUGGUUUCUACAACUGGUGGUCAACCUCAGCAGUUGAAUGGACCAAAACAAAAACAAAAUAAUUACCAUUCAGGAGACUACAUUGCAAUUCCAGUAACCUUUAAAGAUGACAAUCUUCAGGCUCUCAACUCUCUUACAGUUUCAUCUUGUAAUGGUGUGAAAAACAAAUUGUUCAAUUCAGAAGAAAUAUCUAGUUCUUGCGAUGCCAUAGAGGAAAAUGCAGAUGUUAAAAAUUCUGCUAGUGUUCCUCAAAGUGAAACAUUACCGACUCAACAGACACCCAAAGACUCACAAAAGCCAUCUAAGAAAAAGAAUACUAAGAAAAAGAAAUUCCAAGAAGUGAUGAUUGAGAGCACAAACCAGAUCGUUUAUGUCAAGUCUUGUAUCCCAGAAGAUAAGAAAGUCAAAAAGAAAAGACCACAUGUGAAGGUAACACAAGAUGUGCUGGAUGACUAUAUAGAUACCAUUGCUCAAGUUGCAGCUGUGGGUAAAGUGACUGUAGCUGAUGAAUCUGUUGAUGCAGGUGUUUGUCCUGCUGCUGCUGCUGCUGCUGCUGCUGCAGACCAGACUAAUGUUGAUGAGUCCAAGGUGACCAAUCAGAGUGCUCUGGCAGCUCUGCUUCUCACUGACAAUAUACCAAGCACAUCAUCAUCCAAACCGUAUGCGGCUGCUGUGGCUGAAGGUAAUGGUUCGGUUAAUCCGGCCAGUACUAACAGUGAAACACUUGAUACUACUGGAGUGUGUCAUGAUGGUGGUAAUUUGUGUACAACAGAUACUUCAGAAAUGUCUCGUGAAAAAACGCAAAGUGAUGAUUCAUCUAAAGAUUGCAGUGAUGUUUCUAAAAAACAUGUUCAUGAUGAGGCAGUUGUUUCUUCUUCAGAUACCUUAGCUCCAUGUAAUGUUAGCAAAGUGCAAAAACAAGAACCAGUGUUGACACAAAAUGUAGAACCUCAAAAUCCAGAGACCGUUGUAUCCACAGUCUGUGAUGUUGAAAACGUUGACCCAAAGGUCAUACAGCCAGUACCAUGCUCAGAAAAAUUAUCUUCUAUGAAUAUGAGUGAGACGCAAGCUUCUGACAGUAGUGUGAAAAGAAAGCUUCCGGGAACUGAUGUUGAGAACUGUACUCUACUGGCCAAAAGAGCCAAGAUAAGGAUCAAUUCUUCUUCAGAUAAACUUUAUGACUUGAUAGUCAACAAAGUAGCUGGAUUUCCAUUUCCUGAAGACAGUGAGAGUGAAAAUUCCAUGUCGGUAGUGGGUGAAUCACUGGAUGACUGCUGUGAAAGAAUGUCUAUGCAGAUAAACUGCGAAGACAGUUUGGAUAUCGCUCAGGCUAAAUCAUCUGUAGGUCUUUCCGCUACCCAGUCUUUGCUCCAACAUCAACUGUCAGGUUGCAACAGUCCAUUGCAAGGCAAACGUCUUUCGCCCAAGACCCAAACACCACGAAAAAUGCAAGCCACCGAUUUGUCUGAGUGCAGGCCUAACAAACAGCUGACAGAAAGAUCUUUAUACAGUGCUACUCUCAAACCAAAGCGUUCUCUUGAAUUAGCUAAAAUGCUCUUGGGAGACAUCAAUCAGAAUUUUGAGAGACAGCAGAAGAUUUUACAGCAGAACGGCUGUGAUGAUGCGAGUGAACGGAUUCCAUCUUCCACUGGCAAGAAUGCUUCUUGUUCUUUGCAAGACAAAAUCUGUUGCACAAAUAAGUUUGAUGUUCUUUCAAAAGUGCCUACUGAAACUGACACAAGCACAAGUAAAAGCAUUAUGGAGAAAUCUGCAGAGAUGGAUGCUGAUUCUAAAAACAAAGAAGGUUGUUGUGUUGUAAGCAGCAACGAAUUGUCUUAAGUGAAAAACAGUUUCUAACCACUCUCUUGCUGCUGGUCAGCACAAAUCUAUGCAAAUUCUAGAAUCAAAAACUGUCUUUAUGUGAACGUGGAGAUUUUACUAAAGAAUACAUGGCAAACUUAUCAUAGUGACGACGGUAAUGGUGAAGAUUUGUGUUGCCUCAAACACAGACUGAUCAUUGUGCCUCUCUUAAAAAACGUUGUUAAAACUCAAGUUAUCAGUGAAAUGCUAAGAAAUCAGCAUCCCCUUUAGUAUUGAAACUCCAUCAGCAUAAUUAAACUAAUGAUGCAUAACAGUACCCAAGUAAAUAUUAGAAAGACUUGAUAAACAUUUGAGGUCAUCAUGUAGUAGAGUUGGUAUCUCUGAACUUGAUACCUCUUUAAUUAAAGUCUGAAUCUACUAAGACCAUAUCAGCUAACAGUGUUUGACUUUUGAAGUGGCAGCGUGCUAGUGACUCCCUAUAAGUAACAGACUUGUUAAUUCAUGAAGAUGGUAGUGAAUGCAGAAUGGAAGUGGUGUGCCUGCUUAAUGUGAUUAUUUUUUUAAUGUUUGUCCUACAGUUUGCUCACUGGGAAUGGUCAGUUUCGAAUGGAGGCUUAAGUGCAUUUAAUAAAUGCUUUGGUGACGUGUGUGCUAGUUAACUGUUAUGGAUGAGUGAUUUCUUAGAAAAGCAGUCACAUUUGUUAUGUGUUUGUUUUUGUUUUGUGUGUUUCGUUUUGUUUAGUUUCUUUGUAUUUUUCUUUCUGACAUUUUCUUUCCUAAGUCUUCAUAUAUGCCAAGUAGGUGUAAUAUUUUACCAAGCUACGAGUUGAUAUUAAUUUGAACUGUGCGUCACUUCUCAGGGAUGAUGUUUUGUGUGCUUUCUUGUGUAAAAUGUCCACUUUUGAUUGCCACAUACUGAAAGCACAGGGUGUUUAUGUUUUGUUGCUUUAUUAAUUCCUUUUGACUGUGAUAUUUAUGCCAACGAAACCUCAGAAGGUUCAAGAUAUGAGACAUCUGAAAUUCCAGUUUAAAACAAACACCAUCACUUCAAGUGCAUAGACCAUUCCCCUUGUGUUAGAUAUAAAGACUGACCGACAGAUGUCUUCUUGGACUAUGAGUGUAUUGUUUAUUCUAGCAGGAACAGGAUAUAUUCAUUGCUGUCAAAAUGUAAAUAAAGUGAAAACAAAUAA